AUGGCCCUCAACCUCGCCGCCGCGGCUCCUCUGAAGCCCGAGAUCCGACUGGAUCAAGCCUUGAAACAGUUCGAAGCAAUACUUUCGGACGAACAAAAGCUCACGUUUCGGGCCCAGCAGGAACAAACAGUCAAGUCGCCUCCUGGCACCAAGGACGUUAUGCGAAUCACCGCAGGGAUUGACGCUUCGCGGAAAGUGGGAGAGCGUUGCUUUGGACCUCGGUUUUCUAAGUUUCUCCAUGGAGCGCAACAGUUUGCUGCUAUUGGAGAUGUGGUUGUAGGCAGUUCCCAGAAUGUCAUGGCUUGUGGUGUAUGGACAGUGAUACGGAUGAGUUUACUGGCGGCUACUACUCAUUCAGCGUACAUCGAAAGUUUGUCUUCCCUUCUUAUGGAAGCUGGCCACUCGACUCAACAGCACUCAGAUCUGGCAGUGCUAUACCCUCGCUCAAAGACUCUGCAAACCAACGUCAUCGAGUUCUUCAUUGUUGUGGUACAGAUAUGUCUCCGUUUCCACCGGUAUGCCCAGAAGUCUGCUUUGGGCAGAUUCACAUCUUCACUCAAUGAUAGUGAUAUCAAAGAACUGCGAUCCAGUCUCAUAGCUUGGUCGAAGUCGAUUCAAGAAGAGAUCACGACCCUUGUUGCACAAACGGUCGAAACAGAAGCCAAGAGUAAUUCGGGCUUCAGAGCACUGAUGAGCUCCAGCUUUAACAAAGUUUCUGAACAGCAAAGGCAUAAUGAUCUUCGGAAGAUUCGGAAUCGCUGUUCAACCUACGACUACGAAACCCCAUGGAGACAGAUCCGCAAAGCUGGUAACACUUGCUUGUAUAAGCAAUUACCUGAGUACAACCGAUGGAUAGUGGCACCAGCUUCAGAGACCCUGGUUCUGGUUGAGAAACUUGGAUAUGGGAAAUCUGUCACGCUUGCGAAUAUUGUGGAUGAUCUCAACUUGCGUAUCGACCCUAAGGUUUCUGGACUCGCAUAUUUCUUCUGCCGACACGAUUGUGCCGAGAGCAAAUUUGCAAGAACGGUGAUGGGUGCACUCGUACGCCAGAUUAUCAGCCCACUCCUACAUCUCUUCGAUGAAUCUCAUGUCUUGGAUACAUACAAUCUCUCUCAACUCCUUGGUCUGAUUCGUCGCGUCAUUCCUUCCGAAUAUGUCAUGUAUAUCAUACUUGACGGCCUGGAAAUCUGUUCUCCCUUAGAACGAAAGACAGUUACGAAGCAACUGGAACUUUUGACUGCGCAUUUCAAUGUACAUGUCUGCAUUUCCCGCCGCCUAGAACCUUAUACCGAGCUGCAGUCUAUCGCCAACGACUUCCCGAAAGCAACUGUUGCCAGGCUGCCCAAUAACGCUUCGGAUAUCGAAACAUACGUCGUAGCGCAACUGGAGACCGCUUUAUCGACUGGAUCCUUGAUUCUGGGUGAACCCACUAUCAUCCUUGACAUCACGGAGUCACUUUUGGAAGGCUCACAACACAUGUUUCUCUGGGUCGCUCUCCAGAUCCAAUCGCUUUGCAUGAUGCAAAGCGAUCACGACAUUCGGAAAGCUCUUACCAACUUGCCCCAGGAUCUUUCGCAGAUCUACAGCCAAAUACUGCAGCAAGCAAAGUGUCUUGACCAGCCAUCGCAAUCGGAUAUAUUCAAGCUUAUAUUGGCUGCGAGACGGCCACUCACGCUUUCCGAAAUGCGAGAAGCACUAAGCGUUGCCCCAGGUGACACUACGUGGGACCAUUCUAAGCUUCUUAACAGUGUUUACCCAGCACUAGCGAGCUGUGGGUGCCUGAUCACCGUAGACGAGGAGGAACAUACGAUCCGUACAGUCCAUCCGAGUGUGAACCAGUUCUUGCUCCAAGAAACUUCCACCACCCCAGAAGUGAUUCGCGGGAUCCACUUCACAAUGGAGGACGCCCAGUCACUGAUGUCAUCGAUCCUUAUCACCUACCUUGGCUACGGCACAUUUGGCACGGAGCUUGCUGUUCGCCUGCCUUUAAAUAACGUGGGAUCACCGCCAGCCCACAUUAGUGACUCUACGAUGGGUACGAACAAAGGAGUUUCUGUCACGGCUUUGAAGCUAUUGCGGUCACGAAAGCAGACUAAUUUCGAUCCUUCGGAUACUAUCGCUGAAAACUUCACGACGUCUAGACAUCCGGACAUGGACAUUUUCGUCUUCCAACAUUACGCAAAGAUGUACGCUCUACAACAUCUAUCAGAACUUCCUGCUGUAUCAUGCGCUGCUUCAGAGAAUCUGUUGCGAAUGCUGAGCAGUGGCACAAUAAUCGUCCAUACCAACGAAGAGGCAAUCGGACUACUAUGGCUCAUGCUCCAACCGCCUGGAAGAUCAGACAUCCUCAAGCUUCUCACGCACAUAAACUUGUUUGCAGUUGACGGUUCGUGGGGUCAGAAGAAUCUGUUCAGGCAACUGCUCCAUUCAGCCAUAGCCAAUGGUCGUAUGCAGGCGAUGAAGUAUCUACUAGACUUGUACUGUUCGAUCGCCUACAGGUCUUCCGAUGCUAUGCAGCCAAACACGAACCUUGUUAUCCCCGUACUUAGAGGGUUUAUAGAGGCACUGGUACCGGGAUCAAGUCCACCUAGAGCGAGAGGAAAUGCACUUUAUAGGAUGGAAGCAGAGGAGUUCUUUGGACUUGAAUGCGAGCUUUUAUGUGUUGCUAUCAAGUCCCAUCAAGACCGCGCAUUGGAGAUUAUUAUGCGCUACGAUUCCUUUGUUAUCGGCAGUUACGGAACCCUGCGGGAAAAGCCUAUUUUCAUUGCUGUACAGCAGCAGAAUAUUGGGGCUCUGAGGAUAUUACUCUCAGAAGAACACAGGAAGAAAUUACCACUAGCGACAAAGCAAGCCGGAAUGGUUAUGGCCCUAAUUGAGAAGAUAGAAGAUGACUCUGUUCCUUCGUUACUAAGCUCUAUCAAAGACAUGUAUCCGAAAGCUUCUCCUGAGAAGUGGCGUUAG